ACAUAAGACUAAAAACGGUCAGUAGUACAAAAAGAUCAGAUUUUUUUAUUCCGAUUUCUUCUCCAUCUUCGAGAAUUUCGUUCCUUGGAGCUUCGAGAUUGAGUUUCUUUGUUCAUCCUUUGGGUCCAUAUUCUUAUCAGGUCACGACUGCAAUCUCACAUUCCUGAGCUCACUGAAGGGUUCCUGCUUGGUUUGCUUAUGAACUUUUGCUUCUGGAGUUGAUUAAUCUCUGCAAAUGUCAAGUUUACUUAAUUCCUCAAUAAACGGGUCUACCUCGAAUUUGUCAGACGGUUCAGGGAGGACGUUUACUUCUUCUUUCUCCGGUCAGUCUGGGGCAGCGUCUCCAGUUUUUCAUCAUGCUGGAUCUAUUCAGGGCCUUCAUAAUAUUCAUGGAAACUUUAAUGUUCCCAACUUGGCGGGAAGUCUUGGAUCGAGAAAUUCAAGUCUAAAUGGUGUUCCAUCUGCUGGUGUCCAACAACAAAAUGGAAGUAUUUCGAAUGGAAGAUUUGCAUCCAGCAAUAUUCCGGUUGCACUCUCUCAGAUGUCUCAUGGUAGCUCCCAUGGACACUCAGGACUCACUAAUAGGGGAGGAUUGGGAGUUUCUCCAAUAUUGGGAAAUGUAGGUUCUCGAAUGACGAGUUCUAUGGGGAAUAUGGUUGGUGGAGGCACAAUGGGUAGGACUUUGAGCUCUGGUGGAGGAUUGUCGAUUCCGAGUCUUGGUUCGCGGCUAAAUUUGGCAGUAAAUAGCGGAUCCGGAAAUAUUGGACAAAAUCGCAUGAUGGGUGGGGUCUUGCCACAAGGAUCUCCGCAGGUUCUUUCGAUGCUGGGAAAUUCUUACCCUUCAGCUGGAGGACUUUCCCAAAAUCAUGUUCAAGCAAUGAACAGUCUAAGCUCUAUGGGUUUGCUGAAUGAUAUGAACUCCAACGACACUUCUCCGUUUGAUAUUAAUAAUGAUUUUCCUCAGCUCACAAGCCGCCCCAGCUCUGCGGGCAGUCAAGGACAAUUGGGGUCUCGAUUGAAACAAGGCCUUGGAAUCAGCCCUAUAGUUCAGCAAAACCAAGAGUUCAGCAUCCAAAAUGAAGAUUUUCCAGCAUUGCCAGGAUACAAAGGUAGUAGUGCUGAUUAUCCAAUGGAUUUGCAUCAUAAAGAACAACUCCAUGAGAACUCAGUUUUAAUGAUGCAAUCUCAACAAUUAUCUAUGGGAAGGUCUGGUGGGUUUAACUUAGGUGGAGCAUAUACAUCACACCGUCCUCAACAACAGCAACAACAUGCUCAAGCUGUGAGUAGUAGUGGUGUUUCCUUACAUGGGUCUGACAUCUUCUCAUCUUCGCAUCCGCCUUACCACUCACAGACUGGUGGAGCUCCGGGUAUUGGAUUAAGAUCUAUGAAUUCUGCAAAUUCUAUCACUGGGAUGGGUUAUGACCAGCAGCUCAUCCAGCAAUAUCAGCACCAACAGAACUCAGCCCAGUAUCGCUUGCAGCAGAUGUCAGCUGCUAGCCAACCUUUCAGAGAUGUAGGAUUAAAAUCAAUGCAAUCGACACAGUCAAAUCCUGAUCGGUUUGGCUUACUCGGUUUGCUCAGUGUGAUAAAGAUGAGCGACCCUGACUUGACUUCUUUGGCACUUGGUAUUGAUCUGACAACACUGGGGUUAAAUUUGAACUCAACAGAAAAUCUUCAUAAGACUUUUGGCUCGCCUUGGUCCAAUGAACCCUCUAAAGUUGAUCCAGAAUUCAGUGUACCGCAGUGUUACUACGCAAAAAACCCUCCACCUCUACAUCAAGGGCUCUUUGCAAAAUUAUUGGUAGAAACAUUGUUUUACGUAUUCUAUAGCAUGCCGAAAGAUGAGGCGCAACUCUAUGCGGCUAAUGAACUGUAAGUCCUUUUCAUCAUAAUAUAUUUUUGUUUCUCUAGUAUUGUAAAUAUGAAAAUGCUUCUUCGGAGUUUUUUGUUCACAGUUGUCAUAUAUUAAACUUGGAAUAUAGAUUGAAGAUGAAUUUGUCUUCACAUUUGAAAAAGAAAGGGAAUAUGAAAGCAAAACAUCAACUUUUGAUUCCAUCUUUCUUCUCCAUGACUUGAAAAUGGGUUUCUGUCUUAAUUUCCUGGUUUGGUAUCAGAUUGCAAUGCACUGAAGGAUAAAGCUGCAUAACUCUUAUUGUUUUGCAGUUACAAUAGGGGUUGGUUCUACCACAAAGAACACAGGUUGUGGUUCAUUAGAAUCGGGGAACCUCUCGUGAAAACAAAUGCGUAUGAAAGAGGAUCAUAUCACUGUUUUGAUCCAAACUCAUUUGAGAUCGUUCAAAAGGAAAAUUUUGUUCUCUAUUACGAGAUGCUGGAAAAAAGACCAUCCAUUUCUCAAGAUUCUCAACAUUGAGUGUAAACUAUGCCUUCUUCAGUAUUUAUAAUGUAACUUUCCUACCAAAGUAUCCAUUGGUUAGGAAAUUCAUAGAACAGGAACCAGUAUCCAACAUGUAUUUUUCUCGGAAUUUAGCUUUUUGGUUUAUUUAACUCCUGGUAACUUUUGUUGUUGAUCAUAUAUAGCUGAAAUUCUUCAUGCUAUAGGUUAAACCAAUGCACAUUUCUUCCCCCAUUUAGAAUCGGUGUUACAUU